AAGUAGAGUAAAGAUGAGCGGCACACGCCAGAGUGUAAAUGGAGCGCACUCACAUCCAAUUGGCGACAAUCUGUGUGACGUAUCCGGAUGUAAACGGAGCAGAGUCGUCCUAACGCUGUAACACAAGCCUUGGAAGGAAGCAAAGAUGAGGAUUUCCACCAGUCAACUGCAGCAGCUCACCCUUUUCACCACUGUGCUGACUGGGGGUGGGGUCGGCACCAUGUACUAUCUGCUGCAGAAGAAUUUUGCUGAGUCAGACUACCACAGACUAGCUCUGCAGAAGUUGGAAGCAUGUUCAGUUGCCAUGGAAAGCCUGGGGGCGCCGCCUUUAAAAGUCCACAACAUUCAUCUUACUGACAGAAACAACUGUAUAAAUCAGCGCACUGCGCAGAUAAAGAUCCCUGUGACUGGGUCAGAAACUGGAGGUUAUCUGUGUACUUCUUCAAUUAGAGACCUUAAUACCAACAGGUGGAGUCUGAAGCAGGCAGUCCUGAAACUCAGGGAAGGACAGACCAUUGACCUGCUGAAUCCUUCUCCACCAACUGCAGCACAAAACCAGGCAACAGAGUACAAAAAGGGGCUAGACACAGGCCACUGCCACUGACCAACUCCAUGUACUGAUGAGAAUAAUGUUGUUCUGCUCCAACACAUGUUGAGUAGAGUAUUAAACCAAAUGGCAAUGCCAGCUUCUAACAGACUGA